CACGGGGAUUCCCCGAAUAACUAUUGAUAUUUAGUAACUUUUCAGACGAUUUUUUUUGGGGAGAUUAUUACGGUAAGGUUAUUUUCCCCGACAAACACACACCUGCGCGUAUCUGAAGAAUCCUUGUUGUCACAACGCGGAACUUUAAAGUAUAAAUUAGUAAAUUAUUGAGCCGGUUGCAGGGUUUUGAAGAAGGCGGGACACCAAAUACGUAUCAUACAUUAUAUACAUUAUACAUGUAUCUUUAGUUAAGUAAAUAGAAAUAAACGGCUCAUGCAUUUAUGGCGUGUCAUUAAUCUCAAUCGAUCUUAAUUAUUCCACUGUAACUGGAUGUUUGUAUAGUCAGUGCGACGUGUUUGUAUGUACGGAUAACCUGAAUCCUUGAUCUUCGGCAACUUGUAUGCACGAAUUAGCUAUAAAAGUACAGAUAUAUGUUUGCAUUUGCAUACAUAAAAAAUGUGUAAAGAAAAAUACAGUUGAUUUUCACAAUAAUGCUUGCGAAAACAUUCAAGUCCACGCAUAGGGUCGAACUGACGGACGAAACGAUCAUGGUAGAAGUUCACUAUGUCGGUGAAGAUAACACCUGGUUUGCGGUUGGAUUCUCUGAUUACGGCGAGAAGAGCCCGGCUGAUUAUUGCAUUUUGUGGUCAGGCUGGCAUCGGGAAAUAAACCUACAAGACGUUUGGGCGGAUGAAGACGGUAAAAUAAGCGUCGACGAUCAACAAGACUGCAAAGACUUUUUAUGGAAAAAGCGGGGAAAUGUGACGAAAUUUUCUUAUACAAGAAAAUUUGACACCUGCGACAACGAGGACUACGUUAUCGAAGAUGGGACGACGCACAUUGUCUGGUUGAAAGGCGAAGGGCCCUUGUACUCCAUCGCGGGUCUGCAAGUCUCCGACGCCAAGGUGACGGGGAUGUCCAGGGCUCAACUACCCAGGGUGGUUCACCGCGCAGCGCCGGUCCCGAACGACGCUUGGACAUUAGAACUUUUGGCAAGCCAGGUCAAGGUACCCAGCGAUGAAACGACCUACUGGUGCAACGUUCACAAGCUUCCCUCCUCCUUGAGAGACAGGCACCACGUCCUCAAGUUCGGACCGGUGAUUCAACCGGGCAAUGAGCACCUUGUUCAUCAUAUGGAAAUAUUCCAUUGCGCUGGGCCCCCCGAAAGAUCUAUUCCCUCAUACGCCGGCCCGUGCAAUCAUCCCGAUCGACCGGAGGAAACCAAGGUGUGCCAAAAGGUACUGGCGGCCUGGGCAAUGGGGGCGGAGGCAUUCGUUUACCCGGAUGAAGCUGGUCUUCCGAUAGGCGGUGAGGAUUUCAAUCGCCAUGUAAUGCUAGAGGUUCAUUACAACAAUCCCGAGUUACAUUCAGGCCAGGUAGAUUCGUCGGGAAUUCAAUUUGUUCUCACAAAAACCCUUCGGAAGUACGAUGCGGGCGUAAUAGAGCUCGGUCUUGAAUACACGGACAAGAUGGCAAUACCACCCGGGCAGGAAGCCUUCACUCUUUCGGGUCACUGCAUAGCGGAAUGUACCGGAGUUGGUUUGCCCAGGGAAGGAAUAAAAAUAUUCGGGUCUCAGCUUCACACCCAUUUGCUCGGUACGCAGGUCGCGACUCGUCACGUAAGGGACGGCAUUGAACUACCGAUACUGAACCACGACAAUCACUACUCGACCCAUUUUCAGGAAAUCAGACUACUCCCCAAACCCAUCACCGUUUUGCCCGGGGAUUCUUUGAUAACAACGUGCACGUACAACAGUCUGAAGAGGUCCAACGUCACGUUGGGUGGAUUCGCGAUAUCGGAUGAGAUGUGCGUCAACUACAUUCACUAUUAUCCGAGUACGAGACUAGAGGUGUGCAAAAGCGCGAUUAGCAGCGACGCGCUUAGGACAUACUUCCGUUACAUGCGAGACUGGGAGAACCAGCCGACGUCGAACGCCAAGGGAAUAUCAGAGAACUACCACAGCAUCGAAUGGAACAGGGUCCGCAUAGCAGCCCUCCACGAUCUUUACAUGGCCGCGCCAUUAAGUAUGCAAUGUAACAGCUCGGAUGGCUCCCGACUUCCAGGGCUGUGGGAAAACGCGGCGUUGACACCGAUCCGGUUGCCCUUGUCUCCACCAGCUCGUGACUGCCUCGGUAUCUACGAAAACGCAUAAUCAUUACGGAAUAUAAUUAGAAUACACUUGAAGACUUCAAAGAAACGUAUGCCGUAAAAUAAAUAUAUUAUUCAGAUUCAUGUGUGAAGAUGCACUCGUUGCAAAAAUAUGUACCCCAUUUGGUCCUUGAAUUGUCCUGUAAAAUGCGAAAAUGUAUCAAUAAAAGUGAAU